AUGUUGAAGGAUUUGCACAGAUGGAAUCAAACGAAUCUUAAUGAACAUCAUACCUGUUCACUUCUCUACAAACUAAAGGCAACUCCUCCCCUUCUUCUCCCUCUCCCUCUCUCUACCUCUCUCUCUAACAAUCCCUCCCUCUUUCUUGCUCAGUCAGUCCCUCCUUCACUCUGCAUCCAGAGCCCUUCGCUCCCUCUCUCUCUCUCUCUCUCUCUGACUCUUCACCUCGAUCAUUCGCCCGUUGUCUCUGAGGUUGGAGGAAGGAUGCUGCCCCGCAGGCUCCUGGGUCUGCUGGGUCUCCUGGUGCUCUGCAAAGGUAAGAAAAACACCAACAUUUCUCCUCACUUUUAAAGAAAACACAAACUUCUGGUCAGAUUGAAAGCUCAAAUCUGCUUAGAGUUCAGUUCUUAUCUCAGAGGGGGGAUUGAUCCUGCAAGUAGCUGAGAUAAAAUAACUGCGUGUGUGAGCUUAAGAGAGAGUUAGAAGGGACCAACUAUUUCCAGUGAACCCCACGUUGGCUCCACUUUGAAGUUAAAAAUAAAGCCUGCUUCUGUUUUUGUCCGCUGGUGUAAAAAUAAAGUCACAACCUCCUAACCAGUUACUCAGUUGUCCAUAGGUGACUAAUGUGUGUGUUGAGGUCUGGAUUGAGGCCAUUUCACCCUCUUGUUUUCACAGCGGGGCGGGCGGUGAGGGGAUGAGCUGUUUUUUAUAGCAGCCUGAUCCUAUUGAGGGCGGUGUCGGACUCCUGUGUGAGCUAAUUGCAGAGCAGGAAUCUCCUGCGGCUUCAGGGGAAUACUGUCAGACUUUUUACUGAGGGGGAGGUUUCCUGUAUCUGUGUUCAACAGCACGAGCCUUCGAUCUGAGAGUCUGACUGAUUGAUUUCAACUUUAGGGUUUUGCAAUGCUUCUUUCUGGUUGUCAUGCUUUUAAAUAGACCCUGCUUACACUUGAAACCAAGGUCCAAAAGUUAGGAGACUCUAAAAUAUUGAUAAAAAUAGAUUUUGAUGGUUUGCAAAUGCUUUAAAUCAGAAUCAGAAAUAGCUUAUUGUUACAGUAACUCCAGUGCAAAUUAAGUAGAAAGAGAAGAUAAAUAAAUAGAUAAAUGAGUAAAAAUAAAUAACCAAAAUAUGAAAUGUGUGUACAGUUUUACAAUAUACAAGUAUGUACAUAUAUGCAACACAAAAUAGUAAAACAAUAAAAUAAAAGUUGAUAAAUAAACCUCAUAAAGUAGAUAAUAACGUUAAAAGCUUUAAAGAAAACAGAGGAAACUCUGACUGGAAACCAAUACUGGUCGUCCCUCUGGUAGCACUACAUAAAAAACAGACAUGACUCUGCGGUGGAAGUCACUGCAUGGACUCAAAUCCCUUUUUAAGAACCAUCGUCUGUGAACACAGUUUGUUGCUGUGUUCACAACGCAGGUUAAAUCUGGACCACGUAAAAAGGAAACCAGAAAUAUAUACAUGAUCCAGAAAUAGCAAUCAAUCAAUCAAUCAAUCAAUCAAAUUUUAUUUAUAUAGCGCCAACUCACAACAGUCGUCAUCCCAAGACGCUUUUCAAAGAACAAGAGCAGGGGUCCGUUUCACGUAGGUGGUUCAACAAACUCUGAGUCAAAUCCUUAACUCUGAGUUGAUCUACUCUGAGAUAGGAAACUCUGAGUUUCCGGUUUCACAACACCUGGUCUAGACCACGCUCAUUGUUUGAUGAUCAAGAACCAACCUAAUAUGGGAUUUGGACCAUCUCAUCCAACAUGAGUGACAGUGGCAAGAAAAAACUUCCUUUUAACGGGCAGAAACCUUGAGCAGGAAAUACAGGCACUUCUCUGUAAAAACUGUACCUUGGACACUCUUUUUGGAAAUCAUGGACUCUUAUAAGUUUACAGUUUUCAGGAGAGACUUUGCGUACUUCAGCGAGUGAAUGCUAAACAAAAUCCUGCAACUUUGUGCCUCAGUUUCAACAGUUAAUUUGUUUUCUUUGCACUAAUUCCAACUGAUUUAAAGGUUCAGAUAAGUAACUAAAAUCUGUAUUUAUUUACACUUUACAAAGUGUCCCAACACUGGAAAUGGGGUUGUAUACGACAGAAUAUCAGGACCACAUUAAAGCAGAGGAGAAUUCAAAGAUUGAGAAAGUCCUGAUGGAGAUUUAAUCUUUUUAGAGUUUUAUUUUUGUUCUUAGUCAUUUUCUCAAGAAAAUAAAGUGGUAAGAAAAUAAUUCUCUCAUGAGGAUUAAGCCUCAAGAAAAUCGAGCUGUACUGUUACACUUAGAAGUCAUAUCAAUACAGAAAAUAAAGUCGUAGUUUAGUCAUAACUUCGAGAAUGAAGUCGUCAUGUUUGGAGAACUGGUGAUAAAAAUGAGGAAUAUGGAGCGUCUGGUCAGCUCCACGUUGUUAUAAGUAUCAGGACUCUAAAACAUCUGAGGAAAAAGCUGAGACAUGAGAUAUCCCCCUUUGACGCAACAUUAUGAGGUUAAUCGUUGACUACGUUAAUGACUUUAAAUAAAUCUGUACUAGGACUUCAUUCUCCUGUCCUAAAUUGCCAUCAGCCAGCUUGUGGCACAAAGAAGAGCUGAUUAUUUUCCCUCACGUCAGACUCUGGACAUCUGUGAGACCAAAAAAGAAAACCCUCUGGGGACACAAACCAUGCAAACAUGAGUCAGUCAGACUGUUUACCUUUGACCACUCACAGACUAACACUAACUAACUCCACUUCCCAGACAGUCUUUCCUAAAUCUUCUUUCAGGAAUUGAGUUUUUCUUUAGAGCAGCCUCUCUUCAGCCUCAAACCAACCAUCUCCAGGCUGGAGACACUUUAGACAGGAUCAAGUGACUCGACAUAUUACCUCGACUGGCACUUUAAUCCUCAUUGAGCUAAAGACGUCUUACUCAGCGUCAUUUACUGGACUCAGGAUUGAUCACGGUCUGACGGCAUGAAUCUUAACCUCAAUGUUGGAUCUGUAACCUGCGUAAACAAAGAAGUGUCCACUCAGAGACAUGUGUGCAGAUAUUUAGAUAAAGAGCAGGUACAUCAGAUAGACUCUUUGCUUUAAUUUAGGACUAAAAAACUAAAGACUAAAGCACAUCCAGCUUUUAUCAUCCAUGACUGCUGAAGUUUGCCUUCAGGUUUGAGUUGUAGAGAAUGAAAAUGAACGAUUUCAGUCUCUUCGACAAGCUCCUGUCUCUUCUUCUGACAUGAAUAUCUCCUGUGUUGUACAUUCAGGUCAGGAGGAGAGUGGGGAGAGCGGGGAGGGCGAGUCCUGCGAUAACUUCACAGACCUGAACCUGUCCCACUGCUUCAUGGGAACCAGCCUGUACGUCCGGCUGCUGCUCUACACCCGCUCCAACCUUGACUGCGGCCGGGAACUCGACCACCACCACCCGUCCUCCCAGCCGCUUUUCAAGCUCCACCUUCCAACCGUCUUCGUCAUACACGGAUACCGGCCCACAGGAGCGCCCCCGAUCUGGAUCGACCACAUCGUCCACCUGCUGGCCGAGCAGGAAGAGAUGAACAUCAUUGUGAUGGACUGGAACAAGGGGGCGGCAAACCUCAACUACUUUACAGCGGUGACCUACACCAGGGAGGCUGCGCAGAACCUGACCGGCUUCAUCAUCACCAUGCAGGUGAGUUUUCAGCGUUUCAGCCUCUUUUGGCACAUUGUUUUGGUUUUCAACUCACUUAUUUUAGACAGACUUUGAACCUCAUGAGCAGGUGGUGGAGAUCUAAAUUCAUUGGGUGAGCACAAAAUAGGCCACAGGUGGAUGAUUUGGUUUGUUAACAAUCAUCUUACUUAAAUGGAAUUGAAUUUAUUGAAGGAGAGACCCUGGAGAUGUAGCAUCUCAUUUUCAAGGGGGUCCCUAAACUAAAAUACUUAGAACUCAGGACACAUUACAAUACAUUAACAAACAUCACAUUUAACAAAUACAGACAUUUGCUCACCCUACUACCACACACAACCCCAACCAACAUAAGCCAACAUACAAAGUAGAUAAAACCUAGUAACAAGGAAAAAUAAUGUGAACAUAAAUGCAAAAAAGUAAAGAAAAUAAAUCAGAUGAGAGUAUAGUGCCAUUCUGAAGUGAUAAAAAUAAGUUAUUGAAGGCAAAGAAAGAGGUUAUUCCAAUCUGAUGAGGCUUUAUACUGAAAUGAUCUUUUGCCAACUUCUUUAAAGAUUGUAGGAACAAAGAAAAUGGGUAUUUAAUAUGUCUAAAAGAGUAUGGGCAGUUGUAUAUGAAGGGCAAUGGAGAUAAAUACAUUUAAAAAGGAAUUAGACAAUGGUUUUCAUGUAACUUAAGUUUUUCCGCCUGCAAAUGGACAAAAACAUUUAUACCGUUUACGUGAAAGGUAUUAUUUUGACAAUAUUAGCAUAAAAAUAACUGCUUUGGCUCUCAGUAAAAAGUUAAAAUAGGUUUUUUGUUCAUUUUUGUCUGUAAAGGUGCAGAAAUUAUGAUUAAAACAUUAAGAAACAAUAAAAAAAUUUGCCCCCAAAUGAGAUUAUUUUGAUUUCAGAUGAUUAAAUCCAUCAGUGAGCGAAGACAAUGAGAACAAACUGUGUGUCCUUGACUGUGAUGAUGAUGAUUUUUUUAACUCUACAUGUCUGCAGGAGGAAGGAGCUUCUCUGAGCUCGGUUCACCUGAUCGGAGUCAGUCUGGGAGCUCACCUGGCGGGAUUUGUGGGCGCCAACCUGAAGGGAAAGAUCGGACGCAUCACAGGUAGAAAUAACUUUUACAAAAAGACCAUCUAAAAGUUUAGGAUCACUUAUCAAAGAGCAGAUGGAGGUUUUAACGGGUAAAUUAAGUAUUUUAUAUUUUAACGGUUUAUUUUUGUGCUCGCAGAAUCCAUGAGCUUCUAACGGCUCACUGUUGCUAGGUUACUAACGUUCACCUGCGGCACUUUUGACUCCAUUAGCGAUAUUAGUUCAGAAACUCUUCAUGUUACAUAUUUGAUGUAAAAGAAAACAUUUGUACCACUGUAGAAACACAACAUUUCCCAGAGAAUAUAACCCAAACUAAUUUAUCAGCAGCAGCAGUAAGUAAGUUUAAAUCGACCUCUGACCUUCUCUUCCUCUCCAGGUCUGGACCCAGCUGGACCGAUGUUCACCAGCGCCACAGAAGAGGAGAGACUGGACCCCUCAGACGCCAUGUUUGUUGACGUUCUUCACACCGACAUGAACUGUGAGCUUCAAAUUCUUGUGGCGGUUAUUCAAACUAGAUGUCCUGACCCCAUGAAGCUCCACUCUCCCGAUCAGAGAUGCUGUAGUAGCUCCUCCUGAGACACUCACGUUUUUGCCACAGUGUCAACAGGCAAAGUUUGGUUAUCGUGUUAUGGAGUUUUAGCCAAUCAGAAUCAAGUAUUUAAUCAAGCUGGGUUUUAACAGGUGGGAAACAAUGGUCACACUCAAGGCUGAAUCUGUAUGUUUUUGUGUUUUUCAUGUUCAGCUUUUGGACUCAGAGGAGCUCAUGGUCACAUCGAUUUCUAUGCGAACGGUGGAGCCGACCAACCAGGCUGUCCCAAAACCAUCUUCUCAGGUAAACACACACACACACACUCAGAGGUGUGGAGAACAUCUGUAAACACACCAAACAUCUUUCUUCUCCUCUGGAUGCGCAAAAACACCAAACAAUGACUUCUCAUCCUCUUACAGGUAAAUCCUACUUCGUGUGUGACCACCAGCGCUCUGUGUUUCUGUUCCUGUGCUCUCUGAACCGGACCUGCAGCCUCACAGGUUAUCCCUGCGCCUCCUACAACGACUUCCUGGACGGUCGGUGUCUGCAGUGCGAGGCCUUCAAACCCGCCCCCUGUCCUGUGCUCGGUAGGUAACGAAUGUUAACGUGAUCUUGAACCAAGAAAUGAGACUUGUCACAUAGUUCUGGAGAUACAGGUUAAGGUUUUGUGUGUGGUCACCUGCAGGUUACGAUGCCAGCAGGUGGAGAGAAACUCUGCUGCAGCUCGGACAGACCAAAGUCUUCUUCAGCACCACGGCCACGCUGCCCUACAGGAGUAAGUUAGAAAUGACCUCGUAUUGAAAACAGGUCGUCUUUAUCACGCCUUUCACUGUUCCUACAAGAUCAGCUGCAACAGUUUGGCAAAAAGAAAUGACAACAGCUUCUUUUUGGUUUUGCGUAAUCGAUUUUUUUCCUGUCCAUGUCCUCUGUGUCCCCUCAGAGCUGAGCUACAGAGUAGACAUGGUCACCUGGAACCAGUACCUUCGUUGGGGGGUCGUCUAUAUCCGGCUGCACAGUGGCAGAAACUUUACAGAGGCUCGAGUCGACCAGUAAGUACAACACAUGUAAACACAAGUAGCUUUUCUUGGGUGUAUUAUUUCACGUAAAAAUCACCCGGCGAUCGUGAUGGUGUUACUAAUUUUACCGAUCGUGUUCCAGGGUUAAAAACAGACAGGUCUCUGUAGUGGAAAUCUCAGCACGGGCUCAAAAUCCCAGUUUCUGAUCCACUAAUGCAGGUUUAAACCGAAACCAGAUAUAAAGACAUUUUCCAGAGCCGGUCACAAAGCAGCAGGAAAACUCCCCCCUGAGAGUUUCCUUUUGUGUUUUUCCAUGAUGGAGCGAUAAGAGUCUUAAAGAGGAGAAAGUGCACGUCAAUUAAAGCUUUCUUCUCCUCUGGAUGAUGGGAUUAGUCGGGUUAAUUUCUAGUAUAAACAUCUUUAAAGGUCCAGUGGAGGUAAAUCUACUCCUUUAAUCUGAGCCGCUGCAUGUGAUCGCUCACUCCUGUGGAAACACCUGGCCUACUUUCAGGGAUGUCUUAAACUAAACUGAACUGUUCUUUCUGAUUUGAUAAAUUCACAGUUAUCCCGACUGUAAACCCUCCACCAGUUCAGCCUGUUCUCUCUGUCCUCCUCUCGUCUCACAGUAAGCUGCUCCGCUUCGAGCAGUACACCUCCACCCGGCUGUUGGCUCAGUUCGACGAGGAUCUGCCGCAGGUUCAGAAAAUCUCCCUGAGGAUCAACACGGGGAACGUGAUCGGACCUCGGUACAAAAUCAGACUUCUGAGGAUACGGUUCACCCCGCUGGACCGACCUGAGAGGUCAGAGCUCCACAGACACAGGACAUGUGGAUGAUAUGAUGCUUCACUGUUGUUAAAUACAUCCUAAAGACUUUCUUCUUUCUGGAAAAUGAAAAAUUAAAACACUUAUUCAUGAACUAACGUUGCUGUUUUUUGUCUCUGUCAGGUCCACAAUGUGCCGUUACGAUAUCAUCAUGGAGGAAAACAUGGAGGUGGCUUUUCGACCUUUACCCUGCGGGUCUCGUCUUUGA